UUAAAUUAAUUUAUUCUUCCUACUUCUAGUUAGUCAGUGAGUUAGUUUUGCAUUCAAGAUACUUUGAAGAAAGUUGCAAUGAGUAGCUUGGGCCUUGGCAAGCAACAUCAGCAACAGUCUAAUCUGCAAAAACCCAGUCUAUUGGACAAGUCAUUAAGUAAAGGCAAGAAUGAAGUGAGCCUUACUGCUUUUGCCUUGCUCUUCUCAGAGAUGGUCCAGUACUCACACAAUCGAGUCUCAAGUGUCAAUGAACUCCAUGACAAGCUAUCAGAGAUGGGAGAGAGAGUUGGGAGUCGCAUGGUGGAGUUGCUGUUUGUACGGGAACGUGGGAGCAAGCGAGAGACCAAGCUACUCAACAUUCUGCUCUUUGUCAAGGGCACCCUCUGGAAGAGUUUGUUUGGCAAAGAGGCGGACAAGCUGGACCGCGCCACGGACGACGAACGUGUGUAUUACCUCAUGGAGAAAGAACCGCUAGUGAAUACCUACAUUUCUGUGCCCAGGGACAAAAGCUCCAUUAACUGCGCUGCUUUCAUAUCAGGCAUCAUCCAAAGCGUUCUUUCUGCUACUGGUUUUCCUGCGAAGGUGACGGCGCUGUGGCACAAGGGCACCACCUUCAUGAUCAAGUUUGAAGAUGCCGUUGUGGCGCGCGAUAAGCAACUGGAAGGCAGAUAAUCUUCACAUCUCUUCAUUCUACGUAAUGUCUAGUGGAAAUGUGCGUUAGUAUUGAGUUAGUUUUAUUGAAACUAUUGAGACAGAAAGAAAGCACCUCAACACUUAUUUGUAUCGAAAUUAUUUAUUUUAUUAGGAUUAUUAGUACUAUUAUUAUUAGUAUUAGUACUAGUAUAUUACUAGUAGUAUUAUUUUCAGUUGUGUUAUAACCUGAUAUAGGUAUAUUUAAAUGGAUGCACAGUAGCAUAACUUUUAUUAUCAAAUAUUGUGCUGUAUCCGCACUUGAUUAUUUAUUGUAUUUAUAUUAUAUCGAUGUUUUAAUCAUUCUUGAUCUCUUGCAUGACUGCCAUGAGGUAGAUGUUUGUUUCCAUUCCUGAAAUUUUCAUCCGAUUGACACAUUAAUUGCGAUACGAUAUAGUUACGAUUGACACAUUAAUUGUUAAUAAAGUUUUCUGUCUUGCUUAGACUGCCUCGCUCCGUCUCAAACGAGUAAUUAUUUCAUUAAUUUUCUUGAAUAUCAAAUUAAAAGAGGUGGAGAAAAUGCAAAAUAAAAUUAAUUAAACGAUGAAAAUAUGGUAAGUAAUUUUUGUGUCUGUUUAAAAUUCGUGGUUCCUUCUCGAUUAUUUACAAUUUAGUUCAUUGUUUUCUCUGUACGGUCAUAUGUGGAUUGAUCCUUGAGUUGUUUUUUCGAUCUAACGAGGCGUUAUAGUUGAUAUUUUUCAUCGGAAAAUUAAUUUUCAUACUUUAUUGAUGUAGUUCCUGAAAUAAAUAGUUCUGAAAUAUAUUAUAAGCGAUAUAUUAGACUUUAAAAUUUAGCAAAAAUUCUGUACAUUAAUACACAAUAGUUUGAACAUAUAGGUACAUCAAUAAUAAUAAAAAUACUGAAAUUGUCUAAGAAUCA